AAUUAUGCCACGAGCCUGCCAUGUGUUUUGACGUUAGUGUAUUUGAUCAGCUGUUCGCAGUUUCGUAGUUCGCGUCCUGUUACAUAAUAAAGUCAUUUUUUACGUAAUGGUGUUAUUUUUUUAAACUAAAUUGGCUCCACUAGCUCAGAGUUUAUCUCUUUCAUUUCAGCAUAAAAAAGAUAAACUUUGAAUUAGUACAGCCAAAAUUCAGUUAAAAAGGACAGAUCUAUAUAACCAGUGAAGUAGCAUACAUGCGUUGGAAUAUUUACAACGAUAGAAUUUCUGCAAAAUCUGUUGGUGAAAAUCAUUAUUAUUGCGGCGACUAAAAAAAAGAAGCAGAAGAGAAUUGAUAAUACGAAUAUAAAAUAUGAACGCCUUGAAAACUCGGAUGUAUUUCAAUGGGCCGUCAAUUGGUCUUCAAAAUUCAUUCUCCAAUAGAUUAUUGAAAAGCAGCAAUAUGGAUAGAAUAGACAGGGCAAUAUCGACAGUAGAUUCUAAAAAUGUUGAACAUCUUUCUAAGUUUAAAAAUAUUUGGUGGGAUGAAAAUGGUCCAAUAAAACUCCUCCAUUCAUUUACUCCGCUCAGAAUACAAUUUGUAAGAGAUGGUUUGGCUAAUGCUGGAUUCAAAAUACAAAAUCCAGCUCUUCCACUGGAAGGAGUCAAGAUUGUAGAUGUUGGUUGCGGUGGAGGUAUAUUGACGGAACGUUUAGCCAGAAUAGGAGCACAAGUAACUGGAGUAGAUGCAUCAACAGAAUUAAUAGAUACUGCUAAAGAGCAUAUAAAAUUGGAUCCCACUAUAUCAGAGAAAGUAAAUUAUAUUCAGACAACUAUAGAAGAGUUUUCCCCGAAAAAUGAGAAAUUGUAUGAUGCUGUUAUAGCUUCUGAAGUCAUAGAACAUGUAGAAAAUCCAGAAUUAUUUUUAAAGGAAUGUGUGAGAAUUCUAAAACCUAAUGGAUCAAUUUUUAUAACGACAAUAAAUAAAACUUCAACAUCUUGGCUCAGUGCUAUUGUACUAGGAGAAUAUAUUCUCAAUUUGCUACCACGUGGUACUCAUGAAUGGAAUAAGUUUAUUGCUCCACAUGAAAUACAACGUAUCUUGGAUAACUAUGGCUGCAAAACUAAAUUAAUUCAUGGAAUUAAAGUUAAUCCACUAACAAAUCAAUGGUCUUGGGCAUCAUUUACAUCUAUUAAUUAUGGACUUCAUGCAGUCAAACAAACGGAAAUUAAAAUAUGAUAGCCUUUAAAAAUUAAUUUUUAUAAAAUGUUAAAUUGAUAUUUUUUUAUAUUGUUUAUAUAUAUAACUUAAUAUGUCACAUGAUAUUCUUCUUAUCAUGCUUUUACUUAGGAAUAAAAAUAUAAAAAAAUUUGAAAAAAAUAUUUAAAUAAAAUUGUUAAGGAUUAAUACAUAUAUAAAAUCAGUACACGAGAUACAUGAAAAGGAUAUAUAUUUUAUAACAGACUUAUUUAUCUAUUCAGACAUGAUCUUAUAAUAAUUGUAUGCUGAAUGAGAUGAUAUAAAAUUAUUGGAAGAUAUUACAUUACAUCUUCCUUUUUCAAACACACAUAUCACAUAUAGUAUGUACUGAAUGGAUAAUAAAAGUAAAAAUUACAAUAAGCAUCAAGCGCUAUUUAAAAAAAAUCAAAUUUUUGCUUAAUUAUUCAUAACGUAAGUUAAAUCUAAUGGUAACUUUAAGAAAAGACAAUCGACGAUUUAUUUUGCUGGGGCGAAUCCUACUCGGUCGUUGUCUAAAUCGAACUCGGUGUAAUAACGGCCAAUAAAUACAUCGCCCAGAAUCCAUUGUAGUCCAUGCGAUCCGAUAUCAAAACCCAUGAAGCCGCUUAGACAAAUCGUUUGGCCCAUCUGUGUGACCUGCGAAGAAUUAAAUACACAGUGAGUUUUCCACUUUUAAAUAACUCAAACCGAAUUAUGAUCUAUGAUACUCACCUUAAGAAUAUAGUCUUCACCAGAAAGACUGAAUGUUUUACCACCCAAAACAAAAUCGAUUACAGGCAAGUUAGGAAUUUGAUUACAAUUCACCUAUGCACAAAAAAUAUCAAAUUAGUAAUUAGCAAUUUAAUAUUAAAUAUUAAUUUAUAUUUCAAUAAUAAUUGAUAAUCUUUUUGUAGAAAUCUGUGUUAUAGUGAAAAAUAUGUUUGUUUACUUACUAUUGCCUGUCCACUAAUUAAAGUAGUAGCUCCGAUUAGUUUAUGAAUAACUUUAACAUCUUCUACUGGUCCAGCUAUCAAGGAGGUGCCUGUAUCAGCGAUAGCUUGGCAGCCAUUCGGGCACAGGGUUUGAUUGCUUACACUGAGUCUAUAAUGUAAUAAUGUUAAUAUUUUGUCAACAUUUUAACAAUUUAAAAAAUAUAAGUAUAAUAUAAAAAAUAGUGUACUUGUCCAUAGCAAAUUGCCAAUAUCCUUUGCGAGUAACAGGAACAUAUGUGAGGUCGCCAUCGUAAUAAGCAGGAUCAGAGCCACCCAAUAUUAACUCACCACCCAUGUCGGCUGAAGGGUCUCUGCAUAGAUUGUAUAUUUAUUUAUAUUGUAAUAUAUAUAUAUAUAUAUAUAUAAUUAUUUUUACAAUUUAGAUCCAGUACAUAUAUGAAAAAGAUACGAACCGAUUUAGAUAAAAGCUGAAAACGGCUUGUGGUACUAAGUUUUGUUUGACCAUGUUGUAGAAGACAGGUGUCACUCCAUCGACGGAUAUUGUAGAGUAACCCAUACCCAAGAUACCAUCAAACUUUCCAGCGACGAACGCUAAGCCUGGCUCACUGAUCGCUUCUGCGAAUGUUUGAUCCUGAACAUUGAGGCCGGCAAUCUACAAAGAAAUUUAUAUAAAUAAUAAAAUAUUGCGCAUUUCUUCUGAGAAGUGUAUCAACAUGAAUUCUUGAAAUGUUUAUAAACUAUGAUACUAUGAG